AUGUCUGGUAAGGUACACGGUGGUAAGGGUAAAUCUGGUGCAAAGGAUGGAGGAGCAGGUCUAAGAUCGCAGUCGUCGUCAGCUAGAGCAGGCCUGCAGUUCCCAGUGGGGAGAAUCAAGCGUUAUUUGAAGAAGAACGCGAGUGGUAAAGCGCGUGUUGGUUCUAAGGCGGCGAUAUAUUUGACGGCUGUGCUUGAAUAUCUGACAGCAGAAGUUUUGGAAUUGGCAGGAAAUGCUGCCAAGGACUUGAAAGUGAAAAGAAUAACUCCAAGACACCUGCAGCUUGCUAUAAGAGGUGAUGAUGAACUAGAUUCGUUAAUCAGGGCCACCAUUGCUUCAGGUGGUGUCUUGCCGCAUAUAAACAAGGCGCUGCUAUUAAAGGUUGAAAAGCGCAAGUGA